AAACACACCUCAAAUCAAAAUCAGAAAAAAAAAAAAAUAAAAAAUAAAAAAAUGUCAGACAUCAUUCCUUUUGAAAUGCAAGUAGAAAUCAUGAAAAGGCUUCCUGUUAAAUCACUUGUUACAUUCAGAUCGGUCUCAAAAGCUUGGAAAUCAGUAAUCGACAGCCGUCGGUUUAUUACCAAUCAAACCAACAUGCGCCGACAUCAUCGGCUUCUUUUAAGAAAUGUUCCCCUGUCGUUAGAACAACUUACGGAGCUAGAAACUGUUGGUACGUCUCUAGGGUUGUUAUGCUUAUCCGGUAUUUAUCGAGUUGGUGAUUGUUAUAAAAAAACCGCUGUGAUUUGGAAUCCGUCGCUUACAAAAUCCGUUGCUAUUGAUAUUCCUUAUCAACACAAAAGAUCUAGUGUAACAAGUAUAGGUUUCGGGGUUCGUCCUGAUAAUUGUGACCCUAUGAUUGUAAGAGUCUCUCUUCUUGAACGUCCUUGUCGGGUUAUGGUGUUUACACUACGCUCACGGGUUUGGAGAGCUCCGCGUGGUAAUCUGCUUCCUGAGUCAAUUGAUUUUACAUUCUCGUGUCCAACAGCUACAGAUGAUCGGUGUAUUUAUUGGAAAGGUUAUAAUAGGGGUACGGGUAUUAAUCUUGUUGUUGUGUUUGAUAUGGUGAGUGAAGUCUUUACCGAAAUAAACCUCCCUCGUAGUGUAGCACACCAGUAUUAUCAAGAUUUCUCAAUCUCUACGAUUAAGGAUUCUCUUGCUCUUCUUGAAUACUAUGAUGAUGCCAAGAAACCUGUUUGUGAUGUAUGGAUGAUGGUGGAGGAUGGUGUUUCAAAAUCGUUCACAAAGCUAUUCACUGUCAACACACCAGAUCCAUCAUUAAUGACUAAGGUACUAGGAUUUAGGAUGAAUUACCAACCUGUUGUGGAAACGACGAAACGUUGGCCAUCAACAUCAGUUGAAGUUUAUGAACCACAGACAGGAACCGUCAAGAAUCUUGGGAUUAAUGUUGAACAUGGUUCAUUCUUUUGUUGUUCCUACACGGAAACGUUACUUCUGCUAGAUCAGUUGGAUGGGCAAUUUAUAGAAAUUCAAAUGCAGUUAUAGCUUUAAGAAUCAGUCAAGUACUCAAGUCAUCAGGAUUGCAGAUGCUAAACCUCAGCUGUCAGCUAUGAAAAUUUUCAGGCACAAUCCUUGGAAAGUCAAUUACAUUUUUGGUCAUGUCUAUUGUUCGAUUAUUUUAGUACAACUUUUUUAGUUUUUUCAGUUUUUAAUGAAAAUUCCGUAACUCUGUUUUAGCAAA